AUGUUAACUACUAUUAAUAACCCUAAGAGUAGUAUAUUCCUUCUGUUAAUCUUUUAUAUAAUACCUAUAAAAGAGGAAGCUAGUAAAGAAAGCAGUAAUAAGGAUACUAAUACAGAGGAAAAAGUAGUAAGAGAAGAGGAAGAAGAGAAAGAAGAGGAAGAAGAGAAAGAAGAAGAAAAAGAGAAAGAAAAGGAAGAAGAGAAAAAUACAAAAGUUAUUAUAGUUAAGGAAGAAGCUAAGGCUAAAGUAGCUAUAGAAGUAGCUAUAGUAGAGGAAGAAGUAGCUAUAGAAGUUAUUAUAGAAGUAGCUAUAGUAGAGGAAGAAGUAGCUGUAGAAGUAGUUAUAGAAGUAGCUAUAGUAGAGAAAGAAGUAGCUGUAAAAGUAACUACAGAAGUAGCUACUAUUAAGGAAGAAAAGGAAGAAAAGAAAGAGGUUAUAGAAGUUACUACUAAGGUUAUAGAGGUUACUACUAAGGUUACUAUAGUUAAGGCAGAGAUACCUACUAGGAAGCGCGAAACUAAGGCUAGCUGGAAUUAUAAGUAG